AUGCGAGGACCGCUUACGCAACUGCUCCUCCUCGGCAGCGCGCUCUUCGCCACCACCGCCCUCGCGCAACACCCCACGGGCAGCAGCCUGCGCGACCAAGUGCACCAGGACGACGAGUUCAAGUGCCUGCUCUGGAAGCCGGAGCGCGCGGGCGACGCCGAAGACGCGAAACAGCAGUGCCGCAAUGCGUGCGGCACGAAGAUCGCGUCUGAGAUCAGCAAGGGCGGGGCGAGCCGCGCGGUUAGCUGCAUUGGCUUUAAUGUUAAGUUUGAGAAGCAGCCGGGCUUCGACAGAUUGGCUGGAACGGGCAACUGCACGUGCCAGAACUCGUUCAUUGAAUGGGCGGGCGAGAACGUCAUCAAGGCCCUGCCGGCCGUUGCGGAGAUCGGCUGCGAGCUGCUCACCACCUCGGCCACCGCGAUCCUCGACAUCGGCUCGCUAUUCAUCCCCGGCGCGGGCGAAGCCGUCGACGGCGGCAAGAUCGCCAUCACCGAAGUCGCCAAAUCCCUCAAAUACGCCUACGGCAACACAGACAAAGCCUUCAACGCAUUCAACGACUGGAUGAACCCGUGCGGCGACACGUCUGCCGUGCCGGCCGAUAUGCAAAAGGUGUUUGACAUUGUCAAUAACUGGCCCGACAAGAUUCUGCCCGAGGGGUUCAAGCCGAACGGGAAGUGGAAGAAGGGCGGUGGGAAGCGGGACGUGUUGGAGGCGGCAGAGCCGGGCCCGGAGACGGAGGAGGUGGAGGAGGGGGUGGGCAAGCAGGAGGUGACUGGGGAGCAGGAGGAGGCAGAGAAGGCAAAGCGCAACGACUUCACGGACGCGAUGGGCCUCGUCAACGAGAAAGAGGACGAUGUCUUGCACGACUGGUUCAAGCGCGACGUCAAGGACUCGUUUGCGGCGAUUGGCAAGGCUGAAGAUAAGGUCUGGGACAAGAUCUUCCAUAGGCGCGACGAGGCCGAUCCCUCGGAAGUUAUUAACAAGGCGGAUGAGGUUGCUUGGGACAAGCUCUUCGGUAAGCGGGAUGGCAGGCCGAUCUGGGACGACUUUGGCGACGGCAUGGAGACGAAUGUCGAGCAUCUGAAGGAGGAUUUCAAGGGGAAGUGGUUUAAGGCUUGAGUCAUGUUUUGGAAUAGUCCUGGAUAGUUGUUUUGCUCUUUAUAUAAAGCGCGUUGCGCAUUGUUUUUCUCUAUUACGGAGUGUAAUCUCUACCCUUUCCUCCUAAACAAUCAACAAACAACACCCUCACCCCC